CGGGCCCGGGGAGCGGUUCCGGGGCAGGCGGCGCCGGCCGGCGAUGAGCUCGGAGAGGGGGAACGUGUCGCGCACGCGGCCCCAGCGCCACCAGAACGCGCGCGCCUUCAAGAACGACAAGUACGACACCAGCGCCCGGCGAAAGAAAAUAAAUGCUAAGCUUCAUGAUGGAGUGUGUCAGCACUGCAAAGGUAUCUUGGAGUGGCGAGUAAAAUUCAGAAAGUACAAACUACUGACAAAACCUAAAAAAUGUGUGAAGUGCCUUCAGAAGACUGUAAAAGAUCCUUAUCAUAUCAUUUGUCGACCAUGUGCUGGUAAACUAGAAAUUUGUGCUAAAUGUGGGAAGCAAGAAGAAAUAGUAAUUCCGAUUGAUAAAGGACAAGACAGAAUUGAGAGUGAGACUUCUAAAAAUGGCCAAGAGAGCAGUAAAUUGAAGGAUGAGCUGGAUUUUGAUACAAAUUUCAGUAGUGCAGACAGUGAUGAAGAUUCUGAUGUGCUUGAAGAACGAUUAAAAAGUAUGAAUUUUGAAACGACAGAGAUCUAAGAGGUUGUGUUUUUACAAGAGAUUAUAUGCAACCAAUGCCUGCCUUAAACUGCUCCAAGCCCUGAUUUGACAUCUGAGGUCCAUGUAUGAAAAUGUUGGCACUGUGUAUGAUGAUGAUGCAUGUGGGGAUUUGUAUUAAUACACAUUUCUGUGUAUUAGGAACAGAAUUUCUUUGAAAAUAUUCAGAAAUUCUAUUUGUAAGCAUAGUUAUUUAUUUCAUGCAUGUGACAUCUUCCUGUUUUUAUGGAAUAAAGCCUCUUUGUGUAA